UAACCUAACUUUUCUAAUAUAACCUUAAAUAAAAUUUAACUUGGAAAGUAAUGUUUUUGGUGAUGAAUAAGUUUUGGCUCAUAUUUCCGACUUUUCUGCAUUACUUUUCGUUGGCGUUUGCCAGCGACGUGCUAGGUUGCGGCGGAUUUAUAAAAAGUCACGUUCCUAUAGAUUUCUCGAAAAUUGAAGUGAAAUUAAUUACAAGACAGGGUAUUGUCAAAGACAGAACGAAUUGUGCACCCAAUAAUGGUUACUAUUUUCUGCCUAUAUAUGACAAAGGCGAAUUCAUAUUACAGCUUUCUCCACCUCCUGGCUGGACUUUGACGCCAAAAGAAGUCCAAUUAAACAUUGAUGGUCGCGAUGACUGUUCUCUGGGAAAGGACAUUAAUUUUGUAUUUAAAGGAUUUGGUAUUACUGGUAAGGUAGAAAGCUUAGGUGGUAACAAAGGUGGGCCUAAAGGAGUAUUGGUUGAGUUACAAUCAACUGAUGAUAGAAGGAUCACUCAGACAGAUGAUCAUGGCAAUUUUUUCUUUUCCCCAGUUUUUCCUGGUGUUUACACUGUUUCAAUAUCACACCCUAAGUGGCAAAUCUACAAAAAGUCGUUUGAUGUGGCAGUUAAAGAAGGUAAUACUGAAUUACCUUCCCAGAGUUUCCUUGUUCAUGGUUAUGAUGUAACAGGAAAAAUUCUUACUGCUCAAGGUAACCCAGUUAAAGACACCAUAGUCGCAUUAGUGUUUAAAGAUGGGGGUAAAACUGCUGUUGACAAAUGUAACAAAAAUGAAUUGGUUGAAUUUCAAUUGCAAAACAGAUUGUUGUGUCAUGUUACUUCCAACGAUAAGGGAGAAUUUGAGUUUCCUGUGGUGCCUUAUGGCAGAUAUUCUGUUGUGCCGUAUUAUAGAAAAAACAAUAUUUACUAUCAACCAGAGAAAAUUGAUUUUGAAGUAGGACAUGAUAGUGUUGAACUACCUCAACACUUUUUGGUUAUUGGAUUUAGUGUAUCUGGUAAAGUAACAAAUGGUAAAGAGAAGGGAAUUUCGAAUGCAAAAAUAUACCUGAAUGGCCAAGAAGUUGCUAAGACUGAUGAAUUUGGCAAUUAUCUGCUUGAAAAGUUGAAAGUUGCUAAAUAUAAGUUGAAAGCUGAAGCAGAGGAUUUAUUAUUCGAUGAAAUAACAUUAUAUAUAGACACAAAUAUUAAGAUGUUGCCAGAUUUAGUGCCCUCAGCUUUUAAGGUAUGUGGUGAGGUAAUAAGUGACAAACCUCAAGCUGUUGCAUUUAGUAAAAUAGGAUCCACCGACUUUGUCACCACUAAAACCAAUUUCGAUAACCAAUUUUGUCAGUACCUUGCACCGGGAAACUAUAAAGUUCAAGUCUUAAUUAGCGAAGAAGACAAGAAAAACAGAGUCCAAUUUUUUCCAUUAAGCCAAUUAAUUGAAGUCACUUCAGAACAUUUAUUUGAUGUAGUAUUCUCCCAGUUGAAAUCUAAUAUAACCGGUAAACUUGAUUGCAUCCAAAUAAAUGACUGUGAGGAUUUGGAUGUUAUACUGAAAUCGGGGUUUGAUGAAAUUACCGUUUUUGUAAAAGAUUCUAAAUAUUAUGCUACAAAUAUGUCCCCAGGAUUUUAUGAAAUAAUAUUGAAACCUAAUAAAUAUUGCUGGAAAACUAAUAAACACACUUUAAAUGUAAACAGUCUUUCAGUAGAAGCGCCGCAUUUUAUACAGACUGGUUAUCUUGUAAACGUUGUGUCAUCUCACGAUGUUAAGAUCUUGUAUAACACAAUUGGAGACGGAAAACUAUCUGAAGUUAAAAUUUCAAGAGGAACCACUUCAUUUUGCGUAAAUGCACCGGGAGAAUAUAAGUUCUUGAUUAGGAGUUGCCACAGUUACGACUCUGAUACAUUUACGUAUAAUACAAAUUCAAAGAACAACGAAAUCACUUUGAAUGCGAUAAAACACACGGUCACGUUGGCAAUUGAAAGCGACGCCAAUUACGGACCUAUAGAAGUAAAUCUAGAAAUUGACGGCGAAAAAACGGUAGAAACUGUUUCAUAUGCGAAUGGAAACUAUGAUCUCAGACUCAUCUUAAAGCCUGAAGCGGUCGCGAUUGUAACACCUCAGUCUGAUUUGUUAGUUUUCAAGCCGGAAGUGCUGAACGUUGUAGGGGUCAAUGAUUGUGAAAACAUCGGGAGAAAAAUUAACGCCCGCAAGGGGAAAAUAUUUCAAGGAAAACUCAUUCCCCCAUUGCCAGGAGUAGUUGUCACUGUUGAUAGAUUAGAUAAUGAUCAAUUAUUGACUGUGGAAACUGACUCAAAAGGAUUGUAUAAGUUUCCACCCUUAGAUGCCACAGCUGAAUAUCACAUUAGUGCGCAAAAAGACUCGUAUAUAAUUACAGGUCCUGAUGAUGAUGGCAAUUUCAGGGCUCAAAAGUUGGCAGAAAUAAUUAUAGAAGUUGUGGAUCAUAAGGAUAAGUCUCCUCUUUCAGGGGUGUUGGUAUCAUUAUCAGGUGGGGAAAGUUACAGGAGGAAUUUGCAAACUGAUCAAAUUGGAAUAAUCGCCUUUUAUUCCUUAAGUGCGGGGGACUACUUUUUGAAACCAAUGUUGAAGGAAUAUCAGUUUGAACCAGCAUCAAAACUAGUUACCAUAAGAGAAGGAGAAACUGUAAAAGUACAGUUAGGUGGAAAACGAGUAGCUUUCAGUGCGUAUGGCAAAAUUACAUCUUUGAACAAAGAUCCCAUUGAAAAUGUUAAUGUUAUCGCAUCUGGUAUGGACAACUGCACAUCUUAUUCAGAAGAAACUACUAGCGAUCAAAUGGGCAAAUUUAGAAUCCGGGGGUUGCAACCAUAUUGCUCAUUUAAGGUUUACGUGGAAGUCGGAAAAAAAUAUGGAAAUAAUUUGGAAAGAACAUCGCCAGAAUUCAUAGAAGUUAAGAAUAUAAAUGAGGACGUGAAAAACUUAUCCAUAAUUGUAUUUUACCCCAUACCGAAGUUGACUGUAUUGGUAAAAGUCUAUGCGGAAAAUGCGGACCACUACAAAGCUUUGAAGUUAAAAUUAUACUGUGAUAGUGAUGGUCCCACCCUUCUCCAUUCAAUAUCCCUAGAAAAUCAGGCCAAAGGGAUAGAAGGGAACUACGGACUAUUGAUAGCUUUUCCGGCACUAACAGUUAAUGGAAAAUUAUAUUCCGUUCAUCUAGAAUCUUCUCAGAUCAAAUCCAAGGCUCGAGCGAGAUAUUUUAACGCGAAUUCUACUUUUAAAUAUAUUGAAUUAGAUUUUAAAAUAAAGUCUACAAUUAUCGAACAGCCGAUUAAGCAGACAUCGUUAUGGACCGUUGUAUUUAUUAUUUUAGUUCUGGCGGGCUUGUAUAACAUUCAAUUCCUUUCUACUAUAGUGAAGGAAAAUGUUAAUUUCAAUUUUAAUCAUUUGGUCAAUUUAUUACCCCUCCAAAAUUCAAGAAAGGUAGCUAGUUAUAACGAAACUGAUAUCGAUCAAAUUGUACAAGAUAUCAACAAUAUCAGAUCGAAAAAGAAAAAUAACUAAUUGUCUGCUCCUUGUUUUUUGUAAAUGUAAAAUUAUAUUUAUUUGGCAGAAAUUGUUCUUUUCCUUUAUUGUACCUUAUAAUAUCAAAUAUAUGUUCCACUGUAAAUAAAAUAUUUAUACAUUUA